CACACAGGAAGUAGGAAGUAUGAUCUGCGAGAUCUCCAUUCCUUGUCUGCAUGUGUGAGUGUGUAUCAAUGUGUGUCUGUGUGUGUGUGUGUGUGUGUAUGUGUGUGUGUGUGUGAGAUGAACCACUGACCUGUGCGACCACUUAAAGGAUAAUGUCUCUGAAACUACCUCGCAACUGGGACUUCAGCACCUUCAAGGCUGAGACAGGUCGGAUAGCACGAUCCAGGACUGUGGUACCUGGAGAGGGAGGCACCGGGCCGGGCUCGCCGCGAUCCCCCAGGUCCAUGGAGAGGCCGCUGAAGGCCGGCUGGCUCAAGAAACAACAGAGGUCUUUGGUGAAGAACUGGCAGCAGCGUUACUUUGUGCUGAGAGGCAGCACACUGACCUACCACAAAGAUGACAAGGAGACCACUGUCCAGGGAGUCAUUCAGCUACGUAUCUGUAAAGUUAACGAACUCCCUCUGAACUCAGACGACCCUGGGAAGUACCUGUUCGAGAUCAUACCACGAAAAACAGGAGACAGAGAGCGAGGUCCAUAUGUGUUCAUGGCAAACUCCCAGAGUGACAUGGAGGAGUGGGUCCGCUCUAUACGCAGAGUCAUCGGACUACCGACCAGUGGAGUGUUUGGAAAGAGUCUCAUGGACACUGUGACGUAUGAGCAACGUUUCGGGCCUCACAUGGUACCGAUCCUGGUGCAGAAGUGUGUGGAGUUCAUUAAAGAACACGGUCUGAAUGAGGAGGGCAUCUUCCGCCUGCCGGGGCAGGACAACGCUGUCAAACAGUUCAGAGACGCCUUCGAUGCUGGAGAGAGGCCGUCCUUCCCCAGUGACACAGAUGUCCACACAGUGGCGUCACUUCUCAAGCUGUACCUGAGGGAGCUGCCAGAGCCUGUGGUGCCCUGGACUCAGUACCAAGACUUUCUGGACUGUACCAACCAGCUGGACUGCAGCAACACAGACGCUUGGGAAAAGUUGGAGAAACAAAUCUCUCUUCUCCCCAGAAUCAACUACAACCUUCUGAGUUAUGUGUGCCGGUUUUUGUUUGAGGUGCAGCAACACUCCAAGGUGAACAAGAUGAAUGUGGAGAACUUGGCUACAGUGAUGGGGAUCAACCUGCUGAAACCUCAGAUGGAAGAUCCUAUCGAUGUGAUGAAGGCGACUCCUCAGAUCCAGAAGCUGAUGACAGUGAUGAUCAGACAGCAUGAGACACUGUUUCCUGUCUCCAAAGACGUGCUUCCCUCCCCCCCCUCCAAAAAGGCAGAGAGCCAGAAGAACACUCCCCGAAGCUUCGUGGGUUGGGAGUCUGCAGAGAUGGGUGAUGCAUCUCUGUCUGAGUCUCCAGAAGAGGAGGAGGACGCUGACAGUCCAGGCCCAGACAAAGGGAACUGCAGCUCCCAAAUCCAAGUCUUACAUUCCACAGACGACUGGCAUGAAAGUCCCCGGAAACGCACCCAGACCCUGCCCACCUUCACCUGCCCCCUCACCGGGAUGGCAGCUAAGGCCGAUGCACUCAACCGGUGGAGUCGCAUCCAGGAGGUGGUGGAGGAGAAGAGCGAGACAUUGUCAGAGGACAUUUUUAGGAUCCUGGACCUCCGGAGCUCAGGAUCAUUGUUCGGGGGGUCUCAGUUGAGUAACAAGAAGGGGGAGCCUACGCUCACGUCCCGCAGAGGAAGCGACAGCACAGGUUCUUCAAAAGAUGUCUCCCAGAAACCUGACACCGAGUCCCAUCCUACCAAGGUGCUGUCCCAUCAGAAGAGUGUGGAGACCCUGCCAGUGGGUGGUUCAGGUCAGGAGGUCGACAGCAAGACUGAGCUGAAGAAAGACGACCAGCCGCUUAUAGACAGUGUGCAGCAGGAGAACCAGGAGCUGAAGGCCUCAGUGGCAGAGCUCCAGUCGGCUCUGGAGGCAGAGCGCCGCCGUGUGGCCGCUCUGGAGAUCUGUCUGAGAAAUGCAGAGCGCAGUCGAGAUGAGGCCCAGAGACGCAACGAAGAGCUGCAAAGAGACAUUGAGCAGUUCCUCAGCAGAAAGACUCAGGCUCCCACCUAGAUGUCAUUUUCAGUAGUGUAUGGAUCCAUAACUCCAUCAACCUCAACAGAGCUAAUUUCACAGGAGGUGAUUAUGAACUGUUGUCCUCCAGUGGGAUGACACUGGGUGGUUUCGAUUUGAGCUCUGUCUGGACCUGAAAGUCUGUUAUUAGACAUUUAAAUAUCACAACUCCUAAUAAAGACUUACAAUCCAA